ACUACUAAGUUGGGGACUUUUGUUAUGAAAAUAUCGGAAAUUCCGUGACCCGGAAGUGCUUUUUUAGUGUUGCUGAAGAGAUGCUUAUUAAGACUCUGAUCUUAUUUUGAACGAUUCAUGGCUUAAUACAUUUUAUACACAGCGAUUAGCUACAAUUUAACCGCAGAGAUAGCUACACACGAUCACAAUGAACUACAUGCCAGGGACCGCGAGUCUCAUUGAUGACAUAGACAAAAAGCAUCUUGUACUUCUUCGCGAUGGAAGAACGCUAAUUGGGUUUCUUAGAAGCAUCGACCAGUUUGCCAACCUAGUUUUCCAUCAAACAGUUGAGCGCAUCCAUGUGGGCAAGAAGUUUGGGGACAUCCCCAGAGGAAUCUUCAUUGUGAGAGGAGAGAACGUUGUUUUGCUUGGUGAAAUAGACAUGGAUAAGCCGUGUGACACAGUCUUGCAGCAGGUUUCUAUAGAGGAGAUCCUAGAGGAGCAGCGAUUGCAACAGCAAGCCAAGCAGGAGACAGAGAAAGCCAAGGUGACCGCACUGAAGGACAGAGGCCUAUCCAUCCCCAAGGCAGAUAAUCUUGAUGAAUACUGAAGGCACUUCUGUUCUAUUUUCCUCUGUUAUACUAGACUUCCCAGUUCUAUGUUGAAUACGGGAUUAUUUUGGCGAUGGGGAGAAGAAUGUGUGGUUUAUAGAGGAAGCAGCAUCACACUAAAUACUGUACGGAUUUCAUUUUGAUAAUGGCUCAUUGGUGCAAAAGCAAGCAAUGAUUUAUGUGAUGCAUUUUUGUUAGAUUUAAUGACUGGCGUAAUGCAGGAAUUGAGGGUAGACCACACAAACGAAAUUGUCUGGAAGACUACAUUUCAUGCGAUUAAUCAAUUAAAUAUGAUUUUCAUACCACAAAACGUAUAACUUGUCAAUAGCACAUAACGAUGGGUUCUUUAUGUUUGUGUAAACAGACUUAAACUCUAAUGGUAAGAUUUGUUUUCCAAGUGUUUAUUUUAAUACGGAGGUCCACUUUGUAGAAAUUGUAACAGGACUCUUUACUUGCGUAUGACAAUGUAACACUGUUCUACUUCAUCAAGCAAUACAGUUUUGGUUCAUUCCUCCAGGCAACCGCUUUAACACAGAUUCUCUGGGUGAUGUUUACUGUGGCACAGGUUGCCACGGAGCUAUGACACUUCCUCACCAGUUGCGUUUCAAUUAGCUCAGGAAGUGUUAUGGUUCAGGUGCAAGCUGUGCCACAGUAAACCUCUUCAGCUGAGUCUGUGGUGAAACAGUGUACAUACAGUAAGGGUCGUUUUUGUACUUGGAGUUGAUAUGAAAGUAUACUGUUUAAGGUUCCCACAAUCAAGGUUCAAUUGACAUUGUGUGGGACAUUAGUGUGGGUCAAACGAAAACACCCUAAUUGGUUGACAAUAGAGCCACCCACAAUGCAGGCCGUGGCUACAGGGUGCAGUUGGUGGCUAAAGGGUAUGGGAAUACUGAGACUUGAACAUGGAUGCAAUCAUAUGACAUACAUCAUUGUCCAUUUUUGUCCGUCAAAAAUACAACUCAUCUCCACUUUUUUCAGAUGUGUUCAGUCUAGUUGCAUACUUAAAAAGAUGGACAAUUUGUGAAUUUUUGGUCAGGAACUCUGUGUCAUUUAUCCGGUAACAGAAGACUCCUAUUUAAAAAAGAAUUGCGUCCAUAUGGAAUUUUCAGACACAAAAUUGUAAUGUGGCCAUGGCCUAAUGCAACACACAUUGAAAGUUGGUGAUCAACGAUGGCCACCGACUGCAGAAAUCUGAUCUGCUCGAACACGCCCAGUAGUUGAGUUCCUUUCAACUUUCAAGCAUGUUGCACAUUGACUGAAUUUGGAUCAUAUUUGGAUCCCUUGUCUUCUUUCUGUGUUAUUAGGCCUACUGAUGUUUUAGUUUUUUUUUAUACCAUACUGCUCAAUAGUUUCUCCUGUUAUGAAUAGAAGGAGAAAAGGGAGUGGAGGUAAUACAAACACUCCCCCUAGUGUCCCAGGUGAUGGUGCCAAAUUCCCCAAAUAACUAAUAACUACACUGAUCAAAAAUAUAAACACAUGUAAAGUGUAUUAAAGUGUAUUUCUUUGAA